AUGUCGUCUAUGGGAUACACGAGUCAGAGGCGCAUUAAUGACAACUACGAUGUUGUAGGCUUCAUUAGCAGUGGCACCUAUGGCAGAGUCUACAAAGCCCGAAACAAAUCUGGACGGGGAGCACAUCCGAUAUUGAGUCGGAACUCUGGGAAGCCUAUCGAGGCCUUCGCCAUCAAGAAAUUCAAGCCUGACAAGGAAGGAGAACUACAGUACACAGGUAUCUCACAGUCUGCUAUACGAGAGAUGGCUCUUUGCACAGAGUUGUCUCACGAGAACGUCAUCGCCCUCGUCGAGAUCAUCUUGGAGUCCAAGUGCAUAUUCAUGGUGUUCGAGUAUGCAGAGCACGACCUCUUGCAAAUCAUACAUUGGCACACACAACAUCCACGCACUCCUAUCCCAGCUCCAACCCUACGCUCCAUCAUGUAUCAACUUCUUGAGGGACUACUCUACCUUCACCGUAAUUGGGUCUUGCAUCGCGAUUUGAAACCCGCCAACAUCAUGGUAACAUCUGGUGGGUCUGUCAAAAUAGGUGAUCUGGGUCUUGCAAGACUCUUCUAUAAGCCACUUCAAGCCUUGUUCGGUGGUGACAAAGUCGUCGUCACCAUUUGGUACCGAGCACCUGAACUCCUGCUGGGCAGUCGACACUACACCCCGGCAAUCGACACAUGGGCGGUUGGCUGCAUAUUUGCCGAGCUUCUGAGCUUGCGGCCCAUUUUCAAGGGCGAAGAGGCAAAGCAAGACUCGAAAAAGACCGUACCGUUUCAAAGGAAUCAAAUGGGAAAGAUCGCCGAAGUCCUCGGUAUCCCGAGGAAAGAGAGCUGGCCAUUACUUCAAGCAAUGCCCGAAUAUCCCCAACUGCAAACUCUGGCCGCUGGCAAUCCCGCAGUCCAGCGACCAAUAGGUUUGGACAAGUGGUGGGACAAUCUCACAAGAAACAGUCAAUAUGCGGCCGCGAACAUGCCUGCACCACAUCGUGACGGAUUGGCAAUGCUCAAGGCUUUGCUUGAAUAUGACCCCCUACAUCGACUGAGUGCCGAGCAAGCACUUCAACAUCCAUAUUUCUUACACGAUGAAAGCAAUCUACCAGCAGCGCCUCCGAAAAAUUGCUUCGAGGGUAUAGAGCACAAGUACCCUCCUCGCAAAGUCAGUUCCGAAGACAAUGAUAUACGGUCAGGCAGCCUGCCAGGAACAAAGAGAAGUGGUCUACCGGAUGACUCCUUCCUCAGGCCACCUAAGCGAGUCAAGGAAAUCUGA